GUAGGCGGGGGCCUAAACGAGGCUGGCCUAGUUAAGCCUGAUUCUUAUUGUGUGCAGCACAGCCAGUUUUUAUUGUGCAACGUAGCCGUGAGAGAACCCAGGACCAGAGUGUGAAUCCAUGCACUUGUUAGUCAAAGCCUAACAAGGCUUGAUCUGGAGGAGAAGAGAAGGGAAAUGAGGCAUAAAUGAGUGUUAGGAACAGUGUGUGACCGGGGACCAAGAGAGAGGACGGAAAAGCAGAGUGGGGAACCACAACUCUGAGAUUGGGAGCAGUUUUAGGCCCCCGUCUGCUAUGCCAUAAGAUGGCCUCCAACUCUGUGUUCAUGUCCAGCAUGGUGGGUAAAGCGCGCUCUUCCAACUUCACCCUCUCCGAGAAGCUGGACCUGUUGAAGCUGGUCCGUCCUCACAUCCGCAUCCUGGAGGAGCACACCAACAAGCACGCCGUCAUCGUGGACAAGAACAAGUGCUGGGACACGGUGGCGGAGCAGUACAACGCUCUGGGAGGGGACAGACCCCACCGCACUGCCCAGGGCCUCAGAACCCUUUACAAGAGGCUGAAGGAGUCGGCCAAGCAGGAAGUGAUGCAGCGGAGACACGCCCAGCCCGAGUACCGAGGGAGCAUCUCUGAGCCGACCAGGAGGAUUAUGGAGAUGAUCCCUCACUUGUUCCAACACGUGCCCGUCCACGAGAAGGACCAGGCACUCCGCAGGUUAAUAUACAACAAGCACACGUCCCCCAUUGAGCAUCCUGGCAGCAGCUCCUCUCUGGCUGGACUCCAGGAUUAUGUAGCACCUGUAUCAAGCAUCGCCCACGAGGUGGUCCAGCUGGACCCCGAAGAGGACGUGAAACCGCCGCCAGACCUCCCCGUCGUCACCUCGCACGCCGUUCCAGUGCUGGACGGAUUUCAAGAGCCAGACGGGGAGCAGGACUUAGCCAGCACCCACAAUUACCAGGCGUCCUUGUCUCCCGCUUCUUCCUCGGUUAACAUCGCCCUGUCUGCCUCGCCGCUGCCUUUGAGCCACGAAUUCUACCCAAACGACGUCUACCCUCGCCACGAGGCGGACAGGUUUCGUCCUCUGCACCUUGCCAAGGAGGAGCACGAUCUGGUGUUGGCCAAUCACAGGAAGGUUUCCCUGUACCUGGAGGAGAAGAGAGAGGGUCUGAAGAGGAAGCAGGAGCUGGAGGAGGAGCUGCUAAGAGCCAAAAUCAAAGUAGAGAAACUAAAAGCUGCCCGACUGAGACACGGGCUGCCUAUUCCUCUAUAGCAACAAGCAGCUUGCACAUACUCUGGUUCGCAAAUACGCUCACAUCCCUGUAGCUUUUUCUCACUUCCAUAAACUUCAGUGUAUUUUAUUAUGACUUUAUGUUAUAAAAAGUAGUGCAAAAAAUGACAACUGUUUGUUUAUAAUGACUUCCCUUUAUGAAAAAAGUCUAUUCAGUUUUAAAUUUUUGUUAGUCUGUAACCUUGGCUCUGGAGCCAUAAGUGGCUCUUCCACAAUAACUUUGACUAAAAAUUACAAAGAACCAGACAGUUAAUAUUUUUAAAUGCAAAUUUUAUAUCAAAAGCAGGUUUUUAACCCUUUUUUCAAAGAUUUCCUGCAAUAUUUGCACUAAAUCUUCACAAAGACAAAGAGUGAUGUGAAGCAACAAACAGCAAACAUUGGUUUAGAAUGUGUGAUUUGAAAAAAAUCCAUCCUAUUUUAUGUUUAUGUUAUUAUUAAAUCCUAAAAAUGUAAACAAUGUCCUGGUUCUAUUAAAUGACAAGAAAUCUCCUAAAGGAGAUAUUUGUCUAAAAAGUUGUCUUCUGUUCAAAAUGACUCCAAACGAGUUUUAUUUGGUGUCCUGACACCAAAAUGGCUGUUUAAGUUGUAAAGUCUGCAGACUUUGAUCUGUCCCUUAAAAUCACAAUAAAAUACACUGAAGCUCGAGGAUGUAGCGUCACCAUGUAUGAAAAAGUUUCCCGGUUCUGACUAUUUUUGCAAGACUCUUGAGCGUGUGUGUGUGUGUGUGUGUGUGAGAGAGACAGUGGAUGUGACACAAGUGCUUCUGAUGAACCGAUUCAUGCUUGAUGGCAUUUUUAGAAUCUGAAUUACUUUUGGAAACAUAGUGCCUCAUCCGUACCUGCUGCAUGUGGUUAUCCUCCUGUUUUUAGGGGAUGCGCUGCAGUCGGUUACCUUUUAUGCCGAUCGGUGUUGAACGUUGUCUUCAUUGUUCAUAGAAGUGGUGACAAGACACUGUGAUUGUGUGAAGUGGAAAACAAGUUCUUCAUCUGCAACUGGAUGGUAGCUGUGGGUUUAUCAGGAUAGCGUUAAUAUUCUUUAUUAACCAAGAUUAUUAGGAUUGCUGUUGCAAUGUAAGUGUAAGUAGUCGGACAGUUUGGACAAAUCUUGUCAGUCUGAAAUGGAAAAAAUCCCCCCGUUUCUGUGGCAUUUUGAGGUAUUAAGAAGUAAUAAACAUUAAAGGCGAUUAUUUUUUAGUUUCUUGGAAAACUUGACAGUUUUAUAUAUCGACUUAAAAAUGACAGAAAAAAAUUAGGUCACCAUAAAAGUUACGUGUCUGAAAAUGUUUUUAAAUCAUAAUUGUGGUACAAGAAACAUUUUGAAAAGCCUUAUCAUGUUCUGAAGAAGUAAUGUGAGGUAAAAAUAUGUGACAGUCGGGGAAUCUCUGGCUGGGUUGACGGCCCGCUUAUUUAAGAAGGAAGAAGAGGAAUUUUUUUAUAUGUAUACACAUGUAUAUUUGUUCCUAUUUAAUGUGAAUUUAUUGCUCGUUGUUCUGUAAUGUUUGUAUACCAGUUUGUCCUCAUGUUCACUGGUUUCUAUUAAAGGGCAUUGAUUAAAUUG